AAAAAGAAAGAGAGGGGAAGAAGCGAGGGAAGUGGAAGCAGAGGGAGAGAAUGGAUGAUCUUGGACAGUGCCUGUUGGAAUUCUUUGUUCGGAGCCGCCUCCCAGACACUCGAAUCGUCUCCAUGUCCGAUCCCGAUUCCCGUUUCAAGAAAACUUUUCUUCUCAAGAUUCUUCAAAACCACCUAUCUUCUGAUCGCAUUAACAUUACUGAAAACUUUCUCAGAAUCCUCGAGCAUCUUGAGGAACUCUUUCGCUCCGAUGGCUUUCCGAUCACUGCCACAAUGAGUGCCGCUUACUGUGCCGUGGCGGUGGAGUGCACGAUCAAGUAUUUGCGUUUGAAUCUUUACAGCCACAAUCCUCUCUACCUCCGCGCCGUGAACAGGAUAUGGCGGAAUAGGAUUCCGUAUAUGAAUAGUUCCGGUUCCAGAGAAGAGAGCCUUCUGUUCUCAGUAGAGUUGGAGGGGUGGAGAAGGGAUAUUGAAACUUCCCUUUUAGAUUCACAAGCGAGGGAGCGAUUGGCCGCAGUAAAAACUAGAAGGGAUGCCAUUAUCAAGCUCAGGGCGUGUUUGGAAGAAGCCCUUACCGUUUUGGGUACUCCUCUUGUUCCGUUAACAGCUACCGAGCACACGAAUAAGACCCAACGAAACCAAGAAGGAGGUCACACCGAGCACACAAAUAAGGCUCAACUAAACGAAGAAGGAGAGCACACCGAGCACACCGAGCACACGAAUAAGGUCCAACAAAAUGAAGAAGGAGAAGUUCAAAAGUGUAACAGUGCCGCCGCUGAGAAUUUGUAUUUACCUACCACUGUUGAAGUUGAAAAGAUUGGAGAUUGCAUGUCUGGGGUUGAAAAGAUUGGGGAUUGCAUUUCUGAGGAGCUGUUGGCUCAGGAUUCUUUACCAAAAAUUGUUGAAGUUGAAAAGGUUCGAGAUUGCAUUUCUGGAGACUUGCAAGCAUUGGCUAAAGAUUUUUUAACAACAACUAUGGAAGAUAAUGAGGAGGUACAGAAGACUAUAGAGGCAGAUUUAUCUUGCCCACAAGAUAUAAAUGAUAAUAAAACUGAUCCAGUGGAAAAUGCCGCACGUGUUGACGAGCGAGAUUCGGUAGAUAAUCUGCAGGGUGGAACAUCAAGAUUUAAUUUGCAAAGUCCCAAGAGGAGAAAACAUUCUCCAUUGAAAAUCUAUAAACCAACCGUCGUUACAAAAAGGAGAAAAAUAAAAAGGUGGACUCAGUUAGAAGAAGAGACACUUAAGAAUGGCGUAGAGACGUUUGGCAUGGGAAAUUGGAAGCUAAUCCUAAAUGCUCACAAAGAUAUAUUUGAAGAGAGAACCGAAGUUGACUUGAAAGACAAAUGGAGAAAUAUGUCGCGGCAUGGCUGCAAAUGAAUAGUAGAGGUUGCUUUCGUAGAAAAUUAGUCAACAAACUUUUAGGAUUAAUAACUUUUGUAAGUGUAUAGUUUGUAAAAGCUUAAGUGUAUAGUUUUUUCAUUGAUACAAACGUACUGUUCCUUCGGUUUUUUCAUUCCUAAAGCAAAACUUCUUUCAAAUUUUAGAUGUUUAAGCUGCUUGAUUAGCUUAAACUUUUAUCAUUAACUAAAGUUAUUAAGUCCAAUAGAAA